AAAAUGAAGACAUCUAAUAACCCUGUCUACUUAUAUGCCUUAUUCCUGGUAACCAUCUUUACUCUUUCGCCCGUCGUUAAAGCAGCAUGUUCAGCCUCAGUUGACUAUUCCGCAUGUAUCGCGUCGGGAAGCUCCUCAUCGGCUUCUUGCACUAGUACACCAAAUAACUAUAUCUGCCAGUGUAAUGCUCUUUCAGCAAUGGCCACGCAAAUGCAGGUAAAAAACAUAAUUCCCAAGUUACUUUACUUAACGAUUACUAAUUCUCUCGAAAAAACUUCUCAGCCUGCUUUCAGUCAAAUAUGUUCCUUAGCCGCUAGUCAGAGUUCUACCGCAUUUCCUAAAGUGACUCAAACUACGACUCAACCUCAAACUACACCAACAGCCGCUUUAACCCCCGCUCUGACUACGUCAUCGAUACCAACGCCUACUGCUUCAACCACUCCUACCAAGAGCGAUGCCUCUAUUAUU